AUGAAUCACCACGGAAACCCACUCGCUAACCUGCCUCCCCAAACACCACCGCUCCCCAUCCCCACGCCGCCCACCCCGUCUCCGUACUUAACCCCAGCCGUCAUUGCUAACUGCUACAUCGAUGGAGGCCUAUUCCUGGCUCGCUGCAUGGGAGUGGACCGCAUCAUCUCUCCUCCGUCUCCUGCGGGAGCCUCAAUUCUGUACGAUGUGAGAGUGUCUGUCGGAGCGCAGAGGUUGCUGGAGUCCAAACUGUAA